AUGUCUACAGACAUUAUUGCAAAGAAAAUUCUUAGCGAACUAGUCAAAAAAUCUAACUACAAGUACUCGGCAGACAAUAUCGUAACUAUAUUCCACAAUCGUGAUGGCAAAUACAACAGCAACCGGCUUACUGCGCUUGUGGCGCAUUUAUUCAAACCAGUACCGAAUGGUAGUAAAUAUGUGGAUAUGUACGCGUCCUCUAAUAUUAAAGAAUCAUAUCCUGCGUUGUUGUUAGUGCUAAAUCAAUAUGCCAAUGAUUCGAAAAAUGUUUUCGUGGAACAACAACAGCAACAACAACAAGAAUCAAUGUUGCCGCCACCACCCCAAAAAGGGUUAAUUCAGACGGGUCCGGAGUCCGUUCAAAAGCGAGUAUCACUUUUCGAAAGCCCACCCCUUUCAUCAACUCGGAUCAUACCUGAGCAGGUUACUCCCGAAAAUGUGCAAGAAAUCAAGGAGAAGCUCGUACAGGCCACUUCAGGGGCCGCCGGUAGUCGUUUAUCUUCUUCUUCAUCGCUCCCACCUGGCGGAAUAAUCACACCCCAUCAUCCCAAUCAACAUUAUGUGGCGCUGAGUCGGCCAUACUUUGAAUUUUCGCACAAGAAAGCUCCAAUCGUGGCGUGGAACUUUAACUAUGACGAGCUGUAUCCGCUACAAAGUAAAACCAAUGUGGCUGCCAUUCCGGUGGCUUCCCAGGAACCGAUUGUAUUAAAAGAACUGUUGAAUUGUUUGAUCGGUGUGAAAGGCACGCUUAUCAUUCCAAAGAAAAGCACCACUUCGACAGAUUACGGCGCCCCAAUUCCGGUAGAGUUUCAACUCUCGAGUCAGCUUACCGAUUCAUGCCGUGAUAUGGUGAUUGAAAUAUUGCCGUUGGCAGCCAACUUCGCUUGUGUACAGGCAUUCAUUGAAGAAUCAAGCAUACUCGAAGGAGGCGUAGUAUUACAAGCAUUGCGAUCGGUCCUGAAAACGAUAAUGACGGAUUACUAUCUCUCAAUCGCUCAAUUGGAUGAUCUGCGUUGCCGUAAAGGGCUCAGCAUGCAACGCCUAUUGCAGUUUCUAAAGCCCGUCUUUCCCACGAUGGAGGAGCUUGCUGCAACGGUGUCGGAGAUUUGGCGCAAUAAUAGCCGAGGUGGUCAGGUGUUGACGUUACUACACAAUCGCAUUACAGCCACUAGCGGAACAAAUCAUGCCCAACGUGUGCUCGUACACCUGAUCGAGUCGGCCGCAGUACCAUUUAUGGAGAUGCUCCAGCUUUGGAUCUACCGAGGCGUUAUUAAUGAUCCGCAGCAGGAGUUCCUUAUUGAACACAGUGCGAUGGAGUUAACGGAAAAUGAACUAGUUGAUUACUGGGAAAAGCAGUACACUAUACGGUGCGACAAGGUCCCGUGUUUUCUAGUAAAGUAUGCGGACAUUAUCCUGCGCACCGGCAAGUAUUUGAAUGUGGUUCGCGUGUGUGGUGGCGCCGAUUUUCAACCAGCUAAUGGAAAUACUGCAUUUUCUACUGGUUCCGUUGCGCAAGCGUCGGCCACACUUGUAAAGCAGCUACACUAUAAGCACUUUGAUCAGUCGUAUAUCGACGCUAUUGAGCAGGCGUACAACUUUGCCUCGUCCUCAUUGUUGAAUCUCAUUAUGAACAAGUACGACUUGAUGGGGCGUUUGCUUUCGGUGAAACGUUACUUUUUGCUGCAGCAGGGCGAUUUUAUCACGGAGUUCAUGGAUGCGGUAGAAGAGGAUUUGCGAAAGAAUGUAGACAGUCUGCAUCCGAUACGCCUGGCUAACCUACUGGACGUGACUCUCGGACUUUCUUCUGCCAAGUAUGAUGAGUAUCAUGACGAUCUCAAAACAAUGCUGUUGCCGUACGGGAUAGUCACACAAAUCUCAAAGAUAGUCAAUAAUGAAGAAGUGUUCGCCGAUACACUCAGUGAUACGUCGCAACUGAAGGGUAUCGAAUGUUUCACAUUCACGUAUAAAGCUCAGUGGCCGGUCUCUAUCGUACUCAACCUAUGGACCAUCUCAAAGUAUCAGAUGAUAUUUCGUCAGCUGUUCUAUUUGAAGUACGUUGAACGUGUACUUUGCCGGGUAUGGAUAGCAAAUAACGAGACGCGCCAAUUUGCACCGAACCCGGCUAAACUAUACCGAUCAGCAUUUACGUUACGCCAGAAAAUGCUUAUCGCUAUCCAAAGCUUCGAGUCGUACAUGAUGAUAGAAGUGAUCGAGCCUAAUUGGCACAUUUUCUUCCAGAAUAUGAAACAGGUGAAAAAUAUUGAUGACGUGUUGAACUAUCACCAAGAUUUUCUGGACCAGUGUCUUAAGAAUUGUAUGCUUACCGAACCAGAUUUACUUAAACCGAUAAUUAAUUUAUGCAAUAUUUGCAUCAAAUUUUGCGAUUUUUUAGCGGAAGCACAACGCCAUUUUGUUGAUGCAGAACUAACGUGCAUGCUAGCAACGGGUGACGACCACUCACUUUCUUCUGAAUCCGAUUAUGAACAGAAUGCCACCACAAUGGCACCCACAGAAACGUUUUCGGAGCGAGUGGAGCAGUUUCGCUACGAUUUUACAAACCAACUUAUGACGUUACUUCGAAAGAUUACGAACGUUGCAACGCUAAGCACAUCGGAAAGGUUUAUCAAUCUGAUUUACAGAAUCAAUUUCAACUCAUACUAUAGUGAAUCAAACGAAACUAAUCCAAACUAAUACUCAAUGAAAGCAAAAGAUGUACAAUGCCCUUGCCAACAAACUCAGUGCACUCUAAUUCGCAAAGAUUCUACUCUCUGCACUUUUUUGUAUUUUGAACAGUAUGCAACAUAAAAUAAAUGUUUUGUUAAGUUACAUGUUAAA